CGAAGCAGCCGAACCUGCUAGAAGCCUAUACACGGCCAAGGUCCACCGUUCCCAAAUCUACGACUUGAGCAAAAACCACAGCUAUAGCCAUGGCAAAGGCAGGGGCAACGGCCGUGCUGGUGACCGUCCUGGUUGUCCUGGCGGCGUCCGCCGAGAUGGCGCACGGCGUCUGCAACCUGUCGAGCGCCGGCAUCCGCGCGUGCCAGCCCGCGGCAGCCAUCCGCAACCCGACAGACCAGCCGUCGUCUGAGUGCUGCGCCGCGCUGGCGGGGGCCGACCUGGCAUGUCUCUGCCGGUACAAGAACGCCGCCGGCGUGUGGGUGAGGUUCUACAGGAUCGACAUCAACCGCGCCAUGGCGCUGCCGGGCAAGUGCGGCCUUGCCAUGCCGGCCAACUGCUGAUGUGCUCACUCACACUCCAACUGCAUGCAUGCCGUGCUGCGUGCGCCGCUACGUUUAUUACAUGCGCGUCAAGGCGCAUGUUCUACUGCUAUAUAGCUACGACAUCUAUGCAAUAAACGAAGGCAUGCACACAAUGAUACGUGCCUCGUGCACGCAGUGCAAUAUGUCGAUGAACUAUGGGUGCGUACGUGAGCUUAAGCUUAUUAAUCAGUGCAGAAGUUUAUGU